AUGAACUCCGCUGUCUCUAUCAAACGAAGGGCCUGUGUGGCCUGUACGGCUGCUAAGGCAAAGUGUACACCGCAGGCCGCCAACCUGUGCCAGCGGUGCGCUCGCCUAGGCAAGGCAUGCACAUACCUCGAUCUUCCGCAGACGAAGCGGAAGCGCAAGGCUGCACCAACCCGAGUAGAGUUACUGGAGAUGAAAGUCGAUCAGCUCAUGUCGCAGCUGGGUAAGUCAACCCAGCAGAACAUGACGACUCCAACAGAUACUCUUCGCCCGACUGCCCACGACUCGGCCUCUGACCGUGAACUGGAAUCGGAUAUGAUGAAUACCGAUGCGCUGGCCUUUGCUGUCCAGGAUCCAUCACACGGUCUUGCGCCGCCUACUACCUCCGCGAUGGAGGGCCAACCGACUAUCGUGGAUCGGGGUCUUCUAAGCGAAGCCGAAGCAGAGCGCUUAAUUACGAGUUUCCAACUGGACUUUGUCCCCAAAUUUCCCUUCGUGGUCCUGGGACAUGAUGAGACAGCUGAAAAUCUGAGGAAUACGCAGCCUUUCUUAUUUUUGUGCAUCGUGUCUGCUACUAUCGGCAGCGCAUCCCCUCUCCGCGAGGCCAUUGCGGACGAAAUCAUGAAGCAUGUCACACUAAGGAUCAUGGCACGGUCCGAGAGAAACUUAGAGCUCCUUCGCGGCCUACUUGUUCACGCUGCGUGGUACACAUAUCCUGGGGAGAGGAAUCACCCGCGGCUUCUUCUAUUGAUCCAAAUAUCUGUUUCUAUUUUACAGGACUUGGGUCUGCACAAAAAGAUCAAUCCCACCCCCGAGGAGCAGCGUGUCUUACUUGGCACAUACUGGCUGUCAUCUCAGGAGAAUCUCGGUCGGCUGACUAGCAUGAGGCGGGAUUCUCAAAUUGAUCGGUGCAUGCGGGGUUUGUCAUCGACUAAGCAACUCUCAGAUCGAUGGAUUGCACCCUUCAUUCACUUGCAGUCUUUCUUAGCAACGGUAGAAGACGUCCAUUCUUCGGUACAACCAAGUGGAGGGGUUGUACAAGUCCAGAUCAUGAAUAACUCUCUACAGCAACAGUUCAAUAACGUGAAAUCAUCUUUGGAGAAAGACCUCACCGGGAUUCCUUCAUCAACAGGAAAUGCAAUACGCACAGAAAUAAAAUAUGUUGAGUUACAUCUCGAGGAUUUAUGCCUCCGAGAAGAACUCUGGGUCAUGGAGCCUAACAGCGCAACUCGCAUCUCCAUGUUAAUGAACAUGAUCCAACGAGCCAAAGAGCUCAUCCAGACCACCCGAGACUUGAGGAUUUCCGAAAUUGGUCAAAUGACAAUAACUACGACUGCUCGCCUCUGUGCUGCGGUGGGUUACAUACCCAUGUUGGUAUUGACCUUGCUCACCCUCAUCACUGGCACUAUUGACGCUACUACCGAGGCCCUAGCACAGGCAGUUGUUGACGUAGCAGAUUACCCCAAGCUUAUCACAGAGCUUGCCGAUACGUUGGAUGUGAGGUUCCAGGGCAUGUCUGCUGCAGAAAUGGAGACAGACGUUGUUGGUAGCCUCUGUCUGAAGAUGCGCCAGCUAGCACGCAGUUACCCUUAUCAGGUCAGGAACCUUAUUGGGAAUGCGCUAUCCCGCGAUGCACGGCAGGCUACGUCUAUGAUAGAAAUCCCCGCCAAUGAUGUUGCUUUGGCACCACAGGUCUGGCCGUCAAUCUACGGCGAUCUGGAUGAUAUAUUCCCCAUGGAUGAUAUACAAUGGGAUUCUCUAUUGAGCAGUUUCCUUGGGGUUACUAGCACUAGUUAG